AGCAGCCACUGGAGUCGGAGGGAGCAGGGAGCAGGCAGCGGAGGGAGGCGAGCUCCGGGCAGAAGCCGGAGCCACAGCCAGGACUCCGAGGGCCAGAACUUUUCUUGGGGCCGGCGUGGGUGCCGUGCCAGCCUCACGCGGGCCUCACCCCCCUUGGAGCCUCAGGUCCCGAUCCUCUGUCCUGGAGGCCACCCACGCCACCCACCCCAGGAGGGAAGAACAAACUUUCUCAGGGAAGCCACCUCUGCUGCCGUCUGGACAGGGAGGAGCAGACGUCUGGACAGACAGAUGAACAGACGGACAGGGCGUCCGCCAGCCUGCCCUCCCGGUCCCGGCUCUGACAGGCGGCAGCACAGCGGGCGGCCGGGGGGCCGAGGGCUCCUCGAGGGGCAGCGAGGGGCCCUGCCGGACCUUUGUCUCCCAGCAAGCCACCUCUGAGCCCAGGCUCCGGCCGGAAGCCACUUGGCCGGGCCCAGCCCUGCGGGGCAGGACGGGCGUUCCCAUCGGACGGAGCCACAGGCUCUCCCACCCACCGAGGCGACGGGUAACCUGAGCGAAAAGGCACAGGUGGCAGGUGGGCAGGCGCAGGGCCCCGAGGCCAACCGGCUGCUGACCCUGGAGCGCUCUGGCUCGGGCACCCCUGCCCAGGCCGGGGACGAUGCUGCCGAGGCCACCAGCAGCCACCCCUGCCCCGUCCUGGAGCUGCCGCCAGCCUGGCCCCUGGGCUGUGGGACCGAGGAUGUCCCAGCCUUUUGCUUCGUGUGCUUCCACAAGGAGGAGGAGGAGGAGCUUCUGGAAGAGGUCCCACUGCAGAGGGAGAAGAUGAGCGUGGGCUGCCCGGAGCCCGAGCCACCCCGCUCCCUGCCCUGCUGUGGGCCGGGGACCGCCCCUGGGCUGGGGGCAGGCGUGCCGCUCCUCACUGAAGAUAUGCAGGCACUGACCCUCCGCACGCUGGCCGCUAGCGAUGUCACCAAGCACUACGAACUCGUCCGGGAGCUGGGCAAGGGCACCUAUGGGAAGGUCGACCUGGUGGCCUACAAGGGCACGGGCACGAAAAUGGCGCUGAAGUUUGUGAACAAGAACAAGACCAAGCUGAAGAACUUCCUGCGGGAGGUGAGCAUCACCAGCAGCCUCUCCUCCAGCCCCUUCAUCAUCAAGGUCUUUGACGUGGUUUUUGAGACCGAGGACUGCUACGUCUUCGCCCAAGAGUACGCACCUGCCGGGGACCUGUUCGACAUCAUUCCUCCUCAGGUACUGGGUGUGGCGGCCCAGGGAGAGGGGAGAUGUCUUCCCACCCCCGCAGGGGGAGAGUAGGAGGGGGACGGGGGGCAGUCAGACCACUUAUUUAGCCAACAAGCAUUUACUGAGCCCCUUCUGUACGUCAGCCACCGGAGGGCCGGGGAUACACUAGGAAUAAAAGGCUUGCGCGCCUCCUCGUGGGGAACAGACACUGCGAAAUAAGCCAGAUGACAGACUGAGCCAGGCUCUGGGAAGGCAGCGGCCAGGGGCCUGGGAUGAAGUCCAACACCACCCUCC